AUGUUGCCAAAACUCGAGACCCUUAAAAUGACAUCUUUAUUUUCUCUAGCAACGAUUGCUCUGGCGGCAUAUCUUCUAUGGAUCAUACUCUACAACCUCUACAUCAGCCCACUAUCGAAAUACCCAGGCCCAAAACUCGCAGCAUGCACCAAUCUCCCAAAUUUAUACUGGACAUCAACAGGACAGUACCACUACAAGCUCAAAGACCUCCACGACAAAUACGGAGACGUCGUUCGAGCCGGCCCCCAAACUCUCGUCUACCGCACCCCCCAAGCAUGGAAAGACAUCUACUCCCACCGCAAAUCCGGAACAAGUUCCUAUCUCAAAGACCCAAAAUUCUACCUCCAAGGACCACGAGGCCCGAGCAUCCUUAACGCAAACGAUGCAGACCACUCCCGAACCAGAAGACUCCUCUCCCAUGCCUUCUCGGAAAAAGCCCUUCGAGACCAGGAAGCCCUCAUCCAGUCUUAUGUCGAUAUGCUUAUCAAUCGACUACAAGGCGAGAUCGCCUCGUCUCGCAAAGUAGUUGAUAUGUCGCAAUGGUACAACUUCACCACAUUCGAUAUAAUCGGAGACCUGGCCUUCGGUGAACCAUUUGACUGUCUAAAGAAUAGCCAAUACCACCCGUGGGUGAAGAUGCUUUUCUCAAGUAUGAAAGUCCUCGCAUUACGGCGCCCACUGGCUAUAUACCCAUUUCUAGCCCCGAUAGUAAGUGGUCUAAUGCCGAAACGGCUAGUGAAGAUGCGCGAAGAGCAUUUCGCCUUGACCGCGGAGAAAGUGCAUCGACGAUUAGAGACUAAGACUGAUCGGCCUGAUUUCAUGGCUUACAUUCUACGGGUUGAUGAUGAUCGGUCGUUGACUGCGAGGGAGAUGGAGGCGAAUGCGGCGAUUUUAAUCAUGGCGGGUAGUGAGACUACGGCGAGCUUGCUUUCUGGGUUUACGUUUUACGCUCUGACGAAUGCUGGGGUUUGGAAGAAGCUUGUGGAGGAGGUUAGAGGGGCAUUUGGAAGUUAUGAUGAGAUUGAUUUCAAGGAGGUUUCUGUCUCGGGGGCUCACUAUUCCACUUAUCAUACCGAGUCGCUUUUCACCGACGCCGACUCCUUCAUUCCCGAGCGAUGGCUGGAGAAUAGGGACAAGCGCUUCGAGUCGGAUUGUCGGACGGCGCUUCAAGCGUUCUCACUUGGACCGCGGAACUGUCUUGGGAGAAACCUUGCCUAUGCAGAAAUGAGACUCAUUGCAGCCAAGAUGCUAUGGAGUUUUGACAUGACCCUGGAUGAAAGCUCAGCUAGCUGGAACAUCCAGAAAGCGUACAACAUCUGGGAAAGGAAGCCGCUGAUGGUGAAACUAUCUCUGGUGCUGCACUAA